UACUGGAGUACGAUAGCGGAAUCGGUGAGUAGCCGGUUAAACCAUUGGAGAUUGACUCAGUUUUCUUUUUUCCUCGAAAUUAUCAACGGGGAUGACUGAAUCAGAGGAACCCAGUUGCUGAAAUUUAUUGCUACAGGUUGCAACGCAUUUUCUCAAUUUGCCUAUAUGUCAAUCUCCACUUUCAAAGCCUUCAAAGAAACCCUAAAGUCCUGUAAAAAUAUAUCGUCUUCAACAUCUUCGUCCUCAGCUUCACUUUUUGCAGAAUCAUUAUCUCAAGAACCAGAACCCGGAAUAGUUUUUCCCAGAAAACCUCCAAAAUCUACUCUUUCGAAGCAACUUCAACGUCUUGGAGACUCUUUCUCUUCGCUACAACAAUCUCAAUCCCAAUCCUUCGAGACCCAACAGCCCGGAAGGCUUCCGAGCCUCAGAAACCAAUCCCAAGUUGAGAAAAAUGAAGAUGAAGUGGAGGAAGAAGAAAAGGAGGAAAGAAAAUUUGAGAAUUUUGCAAAACCAGAAUUGGGUCAGGUUCAGUUUGAUCAUACAGGACCCUUUGAGCCAUUGAUCCUUUCGUUGCCUGGAGAAGUACCAAUUGUACAGGUUCCUGCUUCUAUCAACUGUAGGUUGCUUGAACAUCAAAGGGAGGGAGUAAAAUUCUUAUAUAAGCUACACAGAAACAAUCAUGGAGGUGUUCUUGGUGAUGACAUGGGGCUGGGCAAGACCAUACAGACAAUUGCAUAUCUGGCUGCUGUUUUUGGGAAAGAUGGGGAUUCUGCUGACUCCAUAAUAUUAAGGGAUGAUCAAGUAUGUAAAAAAGGCCCUGUGCUAAUAAUUUGUCCCACCUCUGUCAUCCACAACUGGGAGACUGAAUUCUCUAGGUGGUCAACCUUUAAGGUUGCUCUUUACCAUGGUGCGAACCGUGAUUUGAUUCUUGAGAGAUUAGAAGCUGGUGGAGCCGAAAUACUGAUUACCAGUUUUGACACAUACAGAAUUCAUGGGAGCAUUCUGUCGGAGUUGAAAUGGGAGAUUGUAAUUGUCGAUGAAGCACACCGGCUUAAAAAUGAGAAAUCAAAAUUGUAUGGAGCAUGUUUAGAAGUUAAAACUAGGAAACGAAUUGGUUUAACAGGAACUAUUAUGCAGAAUAAAAUUAUGGAACUUUUUAAUCUCUUUGACUGGGUUGCACCUGGUUUGUUGGGAACAAAAGAACAUUUUAGGGAGUUCUACGAUGAACCUCUUAAGCAUGGCCAGAGGGCAACUGCACCUGAAAGAUUCAUCCGGAUUGCUGAUGAGCGUAAAGAACACCUAGUGGCGGUUCUUCGUAAAUAUAUGCUUAGGAGGACAAAGGAGGAGACUAUUGGGCAUCUUAUGUUGGGAAAGGAAGAUAAUGUCGUAUUUUGCGCCAUGAGUGAAUUACAAAAACGCGUUUAUAGGAGAAUGUUACAAAUACCAGAGAUCCAGUGCCUUAUAAAUAAGGACCUUCCAUGUGGCUGUGGUAGCCCUCUUAAACAAGUGGAGUGCUGCAAAAGGAUUGUACCUGAUGGAAUUAUAUGGUCUUACCUUCACAGGGAUAACCCUGAAGGUUGCGAUUCUUGCCCUUUUUGCCUUGUACUUCCUUGCCUUGUCAAGCUCCAACAGAUAAGCAAUCACCUGGAGUUGAUUAAGCCUAACCCUAGGGAUGAACCAGACAAGCAAAGGAAAGAUGCAGAAUUUGCCUCUUCUGUCUUUGGUACUGACAUAGAUUUGGUGGGAGGAAAUGCCCAGACUCAGAGUUUCAUGGGCCUGAGUGAUGUUAAACAUUGUGGAAAAAUGCGGGCAUUGGAGAAGUUAAUGUCCUCUUGGACUUCUCGGGGAGACAAACUUCUUCUCUUUAGUUACUCGGUCAGGAUGCUUGACAUAUUGGAAAAGUUUCUCAUACGCAAAGGGUAUAGCUUUUCAAGACUUGACGGUUCUACUCCAACUAACUUGCGCCAAUCCAUGGUGGAUGACUUCAACUCAAGCCCAAGCAAACAGGUGUUCCUCAUCUCAACUCGAGCUGGUGGGCUUGGGUUGAAUCUUGUAAGUGCAAAUCGUGUGGUUAUAUUUGAUCCAAACUGGAAUCCUGCCUAUGAUUUACAGGCCCAGGACAGAUCUUUUCGUUUUGGACAGAAGCGGCAUGUUGUAGUUUUCCGCCUUCUUGCAGCUGGGUCAUUUGAGGAACUUGUUUAUUCCCGUCAAGUGUACAAACAACAGCUGUCAAAUAUUGCUGUUUCAGGGAAAAUGGAAAAACGUUAUUUUGAGGGCGUCCAGGAUUGUAAGCAAUUUCAGGGUGAACUUUUUGGAGUCUGCAAUCUGUUCCGUGAUCUAUCUGAUAAGCUUUUUACCAGUGAAAUCAUUGAAUUGCAUGAGAAACAGGGAAAAGAUGAUGGGAAUUGCUCUACUAUGACGAAUGAACUGCCUGAAAUUAUGAGCUGUUUUCUUCCUCAGAAGCAAGUAGGCGCAACCAUUGUAUCAAAGUCAGAGAACAACAGGUCAAUUGAUGAUGAGAGUGCUACAACAAAUAAACCUGUGCUCGAGGAGUUGGGUAUUCUGUAUGCUCACCGUAACGAGGACAUAAUCAAUUGUGGGCCUGGCAUGAGAAAGAGCAAGGUAGAAAGCAUCCCUGAAGUUGUUAGCUUGGCGGCCCCUGCUAAGCGGAGAAGAAAAUCAGAUGAUGCAGGUGAAAAAGAAAAUGCCUUGUCAUCCAAGGAUCAGAAAAGGAUUCAAUAUAGCCUUCUUGCCCAAUUCAUGGGUAUGGGAGAGGUUGAAUUUAGCAAGUGGGUAUUGUCUGCAACUCAUGCAGAAAGGGAAAACGUACUUCAACAAUUUAAGAAGAGAAAGAAGGUUGCCAAUGGUUGAAGAAUAGCCUUCUCACACUGUUGAGAAAAAACUGUAUAAUAAAUGAUCCAUUUGUUUUUAGGUCUGGCUUCAUGUAUAUCCAAUUUGUUGUACAGUAACUAUUGUGUUAUACCCUUUCAGUAGCCUCAGGAUAAUAGGCAUAAUUCAAAUGUAAAUGUAUUUCAUUAUAGUUUCAAGUCGUUUAGCCUUGAGUGGUAAUUA